ACCUACACAUGCCAGUUCAGUACAGUACACGUUUAACAGUUCAAUCGACCAGCCGAAUGCAUUGAAGACCGACCGUGAUAGGGUACAGGGUCUGCCUCAGGCCUCCCAGCUGCCUUGCAAACGGAUUUUGCGUGCACCCGAACGAUGUGCCUCGGGCAGGCUGAUGGUUGGAGAGUCUGCCCAAGUCGCAGCUUCGGCAGAGAGGUGGGAGCCGGGAUGCGCUGGAAAUGAACACCUCAAAGUCUUUCCAGUCAAGCGACAGCCUGACGGCCGAAGUCCCGGGCCUUACCGCUUCACCACCAUUUAGACCUUGGUGUUGUGCCGUGCCUGCGGCCGAAACCACCUUAUCAGCCAGCUUUCGCUAAGUUCCUGACCCAUCAACGGCUACUCAGAAAUGCUAGUUUCACUGGGAAAAGGGCACCUGCAUGCAAAAGAGCGGGGGUUGAUGGAAGGUUGGGGGCGGUGCGGCUCGAAAACCGGAACGGCAGGGCGAUUCAUAUACCAGCCCAUACCACAGGUACGGCUGGAGUUUGAUAUCAGCGCGCCCACCGAACUCGAUGUAGCCUUCCGGAUGUUGAUGUCCUCCUUGGCCCCUCCCUGAAAAUGUCACCCUUUGAGACCGCUACACCAAGGGAUGAUGUGAGCAGCAUCGUGUCCUUCGAGCUCGUCCAUACAGCGCCGAGUGCGAAAGACGUUUCGACAGCAUCGACUAUCGCUGUCAGCGAACCAGAAGCGGAUCGGCUGUCUUCACAUCGUUUGUCAAUCAGCACUCGGCCUACGACGCAGUCAAAGUUUCACAAAUGGAAAAAUACCUCCCGACUAUGGCUCUCGUACGGAAGAGCAGUCUUGACUGACACCUGGUGGCCCGAACUUCUGGCUCUUACGUUUAGUUUUUCAUGCUUGGUCGAAAUAACCAUCACACUCAAGUACUUCAGUGGAUAUCCGCUCUCUCAGCUGCCCUGGGGUCUGACAUUGAACACGAUACUUGCCGGCCUUGCUGCAGCUUCGAAAUCGUCCCUGAUCUUUGUUGUUGCGGGUACAAUGAGCCAGUGCAAAUGGUGCUGGCUCAAAUGUGGCCCAGCGCGCCAGAGACGGCUUGGACACCUGCAGGACGUCGACGAAGCAAGUCGCGGUCCUCUUGGAUCCGUCAUCUUGCUACUUGGCAACACCAUGGCAUCUCUCUGUUAUAUAGGUGCGAUCAUUAUCGUCCUUGGACUGGUCUAUGAGCCCUUCAUUCAGCAGAUUGUGAGCUUUCCAGUGCAGUCGACGAACGAAACCUCUCCAGAUGCAACUGUGGAGCAAGUGGUCGGCCUGGACUACUCCAGCUUCUCUCAAUCUCUGAGAGGCUUCACAGUUGCAGGUCUCUAUGGCAACUCUUUUCCUGACCGUACGCCGUCAUGCCCUACAGGAAAUUGUACCUGGGAACCAUUCUGGUCAGUUGGCUGGUGUGCAAAAUGCGAGAAGAGGCAGCUUCAUUCUCAGUCUUGCGACUUCACACCCCAGCAAAUCGUGGAGCAAGGUGAAAGCAUGAGCAAACCUUGUGAUUUCUCCUUUUCUGAAGGCAACGCACUGCAGACGACCUUCGAGUCCACCACCAGUAUUGGCUCGGGAUGUUCUGAGACAUACGUGGACGACCAACUUUUUCUGUCUCUAAACUACACUCCUAUCUGGCCAUUAUCGGUAGGGGCAGACAACUAUACCGACACAAGCCUUAUCACUCGAUAUUUUGAGGGUUCCAGAGAGUUCCUUGGAGAAAAGAACACGCUGCUCUCUAUAGGUUAUGCGCCGCCACUGGCAUCAAUCCCAGAUAACGAGACAUCGCUACCGGAGACCUUGUCACAGGUUGCUGCAAUGUGCAUUCUGACUCCGUGCGCCAGAAAGUAUAAUCUGUCCGUUGUCAACGGGCGCACAAUCAACCAAAUACUCGAGGUGAACUAUGGUUCAAUACAUUCAGACCAACAGGAGCUAGGCACCCUCUGCUGGCUGCCAAAGACAACCAAUUCCACGAAAGCCGCGGGCAGUGUUUCUGGAAAUGCUACUACUGCCGUCGAUCUACAAGAUCUCUCUUUUUGUCUUAUACAACUCGGUUGGAUCCAGGAGAUACUUUCUUUGCUCCAUGGUUCCUUCAACGCUACCUGGGAACCGCACACGUACGAAUGCUUUGCGACCUCUCAAACCGGCAACUUCAUCCUUGAUGAUGUUCUGCUCCAGUUACACAGUGAUCCAAGCGUUUUCAUGCCCAACGUCGCUGCGGCUCUGACGUACCUCAGUCAGCAGGCAUCCUACCUCAAUCCCCUCUCGGGUACCGUCUUCACCGAGAGAACUUUUGUCGCCGUCCGCUGGAUCUGGCUAUCACUGCCCCUGGGCCUGAAUGCUUUGGGGCUCAUUUUUCUCCUCGUCACUGCAAUCUACACCAAGCGGAAUAAAGUGCCGUUGUGGAAAUCUUCUGCCUUUGCAUUGCUAUAUCACGGCCUUGAAGCCCGCUUAGUGGAUGACAAGCAAAUGUACCAGAGAACUAGCGACAUGGAGAAAGCUGCGAGCGUGACGGAAGUCACGCUGAGCUCACCUGGUCCCGGGCGAAAACGAUUGAUCCUGCGCUCUGACGAUUGAUAGAACUUGAUUCCGCUGAAGCAGGGAGCAUGGCGGGACCAGCAUCAACAUAUCACGGAUUCACCUUGUGGAUCUCGAUACUCCCCACUGACAAAGUGGGUUGGGUCCCAAAAUGACCGUAUCUGGGAAAGAUACCUCAAGUUCUGCAUCGAUCCAACUCGGGCGGAUCAGAAUGCAGAAGUCCAGGGGCCGGAAUUCACGAGAAAACCGCGCCUUCUGGUACUGGAUAUCCAACCCAACGUUCUCCGCCUAUGCCUAGUUAUGCCCCAAUCUGGUUGUCUGCAUCUCCGCACCGAAUCACGUCCUUGAGCAGCUCUUGAAGGGCUCCCUUCUCUUGAUGCGGAAGUGUCGUUCGACCACCUCAGCAUAUCCUGGAUCGGCGAGCACACCAUCCCGUUCCACAAAUGCUCCGCCGCCCAUGACGUCCUAGACAUUGCCAACCCCUUCUGCGGAAACGUGGAGCCCUACCAAUCUGUACCUAGCAUGCCGGAGGACAUUAUUUUACGGCUGCCAAAUCGCCUCCAGUGAAGCUAAGCCGCGAUUUUGGAGGGAAAGACAGGGGAGGUUGCGAUGAUGAUGAUGGCAGCGACGGCGGAUCCCUCGAAGCUGGAACAAACAUUGAUUCGAAGCAAGGGGGUUGUAGGUUGUGGAAAAGACGCCUGUCCGAGCAGGCUGAAUGCAAUCUACCUAGGCAGGAAAAAAGGCAACUUUCCGGGGUUGAAGCUAUUGAUAGAGUGGUGAAGAGGAGGAGAAGAACCAAGGGCUUGCUUCUCUGAUAUAUCCAAUUCUAAUACCCAGGUUGCAGUCUGCAUCCAUGCAGCAGUCUGCGGUCUAUUGAUAGACAGGAAGCCUCUGUCACAGAAGACUGUAAGGGCGUGGAUGCAAUGAAAGGGGCUAUUGUCGAUAGAUGGACCAACAAUUCGAUGCACGCCAUAGCCCACCAUCUGGUGGGAAUAUC